CAGUGUGCUGUUCACAUGACAAAGUGAAGCGUGCGUGAUGUGUAGUCACGAGCAGAGUAGUUCUCCCGACGCCGAAGCGCCUGAGGUGCCUCCAUCAGCUCUCAGUACAGUGCUAGGGUUACUGCCCUUGGAUCCUUAUCGCUUGCAACUUUAUAAUUACGCCAUGGUGGAGCGCUUGAGAUGCUCUUAUCCACCACCAGUCUACCCAAAUCCUUAUUCUCCGCCGCGUCUCGCUUUGAGUCUGUUGCAUGGUCGUUUUCCGCCAGAUGAACCUAAGCCCCAACAUAGCUACAUUGGCCUCAUUGCAAUGGCUAUUCUCAGUUCACCAGAGGCUAAAUUAGUACUUAGCGAUAUUUAUCAACAUAUACUUGACAACUAUCCUUACUUUCGAAGUCGCGGUCCGGGCUGGCGUAAUAGUAUUCGCCAUAAUCUUAGCCUCAACGAUUGCUUUGUAAAGGCAGGUCGCAGCGCUAAUGGCAAGGGACACUACUGGGCUAUCCAUCCAGCUAAUGUGGACGAUUUCCGUAAAGGAGACUUCAGGCGACGCAAGGCACAACGCAAGGUUCGAAAGCACAUGGGGUUGGCUGUAGAUGACGAGGGGGCGGAUUCCCCGUCGCCUCCACCCGACACACCGCUGAUUCCAUGGCAAACAUCUCUACGUUCCGCACCGCCGCCAUUUACGCCCGCAUUGCUAAGCCGUCAUCCGCGCAAGCGUCAAUUUGAUGUGGCCAGCUUGUUGGCGCCUGACGACCCACCGCCGCGAGAUGAUGAGGAUAUCGAUGUUGUAGCCGAAGAUGAGCCAACGCCGCCAUGGCAUGGCCUUCUCCACGACUGGCCGAGACUUACCAGUCUUUGUCGACCACACUCACCCCCAUCACCCCCAUCCACAACACCUGCAUGAAAACUUAAUAAACAAAAAAUUAAAUAAUUUCAUUGUGAAAAAAACGGUUUAAAUCAGUUUUACUAGGCCGCUACUUUAUAUAUUCACUGCAGUGUUCGAUAUUCUCAUUAGACUUGUUAUCGAAAAUUCCAAAAUGCGUUAAAAUGCACCCAAUGAUCUUUUUCGAUGGCAAUAUUAUAGUGUAAGAUUUUCUACUUCCAAAGGUAAGAAAUGGACCACAGUGGGGCAUCCGGAAAACCCAAAUCCAUAUACAUUACAUUUUUAUUCAUAGAUGGAAAUGACACCAUGAUUACUUUUAUAGUAAUUUCAUAUCUAGGCUGUGCAUAUCAAUCGCCAUCUGAAGCGCUAACACAAGCACGGCCCUUGGGGUUAAUACAAAUAUUACAACGUUCAGCCAAAUUCGUCAGAUGGAAAGAAGAAAUGUCAAUAUGUUCUAGUGAAACCGAAAAGCUGGAAAUAA